AUGUUCAAUCUCAAGGUGAGACCUGUGAUGGAUCUGGAUCUGGCGGGGACGUUGGUCGAAUACACAUGCCCCCCGGGCUUGUAUCCGUUCGGUGUCGGCGAGAUCAACAUCACGUGUCAGCCGUGUUCCAGCAACUGCGACACCUGUGACACCUACGAGGUUUGCACGGCAUGCAAGAAUGACAAGUUCCUCAACCCAGAUGGCGUGUGUCGUGACAUUUGCCCGGAUGGCUACUGGCAGCUGCCAGUGUGGGGUGGCGUUGGCAACUCCUGCCCACUCUGUGCGGAGAACUGCAGCUUGUGCACCAGCCCUACAGUUUGCCAGGAGUGCCGCAACUCCACUUACCUGUCUCACUACCACUGGUGCGAGGAGGAGUGUCAAGAUGGCUACUAUGAGCAGGGUGUCGACGAUCUGGGCCGGGUCUGCAAGAUCUGCCCUCCGACGUGCAACAAGUGCGAGGCGGAAGACCACUGCACGGAGUGCAAAUUCUCGACUUUCCUCACACACUACCAGGCCUGUGAGACAACAUGCCCCCCAGGCUACUAUCCGAACAGGACUCGUGAUGUUGGCGGAGUCUGUGAGACCUGCCCCGACGAGUGCACGCAGUGCAGCACCGCAUCCACCUGCAGCGAGUGCCGCAACGGACUCUACCUCACGCCCAACGGCUGGUGCGAGGAAGCCUGUCCUGAGGGUCAUUAUGCCUUGGACGGCACCGGAGGGGUGGGCGGCACCUGCCCCAUGUGUCCGGAGAACUGCCACGCUUGCAACAGUGCCGAGGAAUGCACAGUCUGCCGGGGCUUCACGCACCUCACGGAAUACAAUCAGUGCCGAUCGGAGUGCCCCAAUGGAUACUAUGAGAACGGCACCGACAGCAUCGGCGGGGGCUGCAACAGGUGCCCGUCACCAUGCAACCUCUGCGAGACCGCGAAUGUGUGCACGGAAUGCGCAGAAGCCUCGUAUCUCACACCGACAGGCGCCUGCGAGUACAAAUGCCCCGACCGCUACCACUUCGAAGGCUCUGAGGACAUCGGGCGCUUUUGCAAAGCGUGUCCGCCAACGUGCUUCAACUGCCUCAGUCAGGAGCAGUGCACGCUGUGCCAGAACUUCACAUUCCUCACGCCGGAUGAGAAGUGCGAGUACACCUGUCCGGAUGGCACCUAUCGUGACGGCAUCAAGGAGAUAGGCAACACCUGUCCUCCCUGCCCACAGGACAUGAAGAGAUGCAUCAGCGACACCUACGCCACAGAAUGCAGCAACAAGAAGUACCUGACACCGUCGGCUACGUGCGACGAAGGUUGUCCCGAUGGCUACUACCGCCACGGCGACGGCGAGGUGGGCCGCACAUGCCCGAUGUGCGCGCAGAAUUGCACGGUGUGCACGAACGCGACGACAUGCCAAGGCUGUAAAAAUGGCCAGUACCUUACGCAUACGCACUGGUGCGACCACGAGUGCCCAGAUGGAUACUACAAGAGCGGCACUGGAGAUCAAGGGCGUAUUUGCAAGGUUUGCCACUCUUCCUGCAACACUUGUCUCGGGCCGGAAGUCUGCACAGAGUGCAAGCAGGGCACGUACCUGGCCCCCGACGGCUCCUGCAAGUUGGACUGCCCAGAAGGCUACUACAAGCUGCCGGGUUCUGAAGGAGUGGGUGGCACCUGCCCCAUCUGCCCCUUGAACUGCGCGGAGUGCGCGGCAGAGACGCAAUGCACAAUCUGUGCCAACAGCACUUACUUGCAUGACCAGCAGUGCAAACCUCGUUGUCCUGACGGCUGGUAUCACAUGGGUGAAGAUGCCUGGAACCGGGAAUGUAUGCCGUGCACGAAGGGCUGCAGCCAAUGUACGGAGAAGGGCUUCUGCACCGAAUGCAAGGACGGCUUGUUCCUUAACCCGGAUGCUACAUGUGCGUCAACCUGCCCCGACGGCUUCUUCCAACUGCCCGGCGAGGGCGGCGUCGGCGGAGUUUGCCAGCACUGCUCGGAGAACUGUACCAAGUGCAGUUGGUGGGACCAGUGCCAGGAAUGCAAGUCCUCGCGGUAUCUCACGCACUUCCAUUGGUGCGCCGAGGAAUGCCCCGGCGGCUACUACGAGGAGGGCGCAGGUGAAGUCGGCAGGCUGUGCAUGCAGUGCCCGGAGACCUGCAACCUUUGCGAAGGCCCAGCGCACUGUACUGAGUGCAAGAACUCCACCUACCUCACGGCGCUGCAUCAAUGCAAAGGCGAGUGUCCCGUGGGCUUCUUCCAUGAGGGCAUCCGAGAUGUGGGGCGCACCUGUCAGGUCUGUGAGCGAAACUGCCAUCAGUGCGUCUCCUCCACUGAGUGUCUGGAGUGCAAAAACAGCACCUUCCUGACGGCUGAGCAGGACUGCGCGGAGACAUGCCCACCUGGCUACUACAGCCAGGGUGAGCAAAUUCUCGGCAACACGUGUCAAGAGUGCUCCAAAGACUGCGCACUUUGCGAUGCGUUGGAGAACUGCAUAGAGUGCACGAACUCGACCUACCUCACCAGCGACAAGUACUGCGUGGAGGAGUGUACGAAAGGCUACAUUGAGACCGGCGAUACUCUCAGUGGUCGAUUCUGCGACGAGCUGUGCUUCUGGUGCGAAUGA